AUGGAGCCGACGACUACCACCGCCACGAGCCUUGGACCGGGUGGUGAGGACCGGGUCAUGGCAACGGUUCAGCAGAUCGUUAACAGUCUCAACACUCCUAAAGAGGUCCGUGAAGACAUGCUCUCAAUUUUCUCGAGUUUCGAUAACAGCUUGUCGAACAUCUCCGGUUUGAUUAGCGACUACGACAGUACCGGCGUUCGUUUUGACGCUGCCGAGAAAGUGAUGUUUCGGUGGAACCCCGACGCUUCCUGCUACUCUCUUCGUUGGGAGGACUCUCCUGAUGAAACCGCCGAGUUCCUCUCUGCGAUUGACGAGAUCCUUAAAUUGGUUGUCAACAUCUCUGUUCGGAACUCAGUGCCGCUUGACGCGGAGAGGCUUUACGGUUCGAUCCGAAAGGUGUCCCUUUCUUUUGCAGUGAAUGAAGUGGAAAUUGAUGAAGAAUUCGAGAGCUUCGCACAGAUUGCGGACCGGAUGAUCCGGUUUGGGUAUGAGAAAGAGUGUGUUCAAGCUUAUUGUAACGUUAGGCAGGAUGCUUUGAAUGAGUGUUUGCUAAUUCUUGGAGUUGAGAAAUUGAGUAUCGAGGAAGUUCAAAAGAUUGAGUGGAAAUCAUUGGAUGAAAAGUUGAAGAAAUGGAUUCAAGCUGUUAAGCUUACUGUCAGGGUUCUUUUGUAUGGAGAAAAGAGGCUGUGUGAUAUGAUAUUCGAUGGCUCCGAGUCGGUCAAAGAGAUAUUGUAG